UGCGCAGUGCGCGCCGUGACGGUGAGUUCAAUUGAUAGUAGGAAUCUCGAGCUCUUUAGCGCUCACUUUAACGCCAGAGUUGCGUGCUCCCUGCUCGUCUCGGCCUUAUGACUGUGCAACAAAACAUAUGACUGCGGUCAUAUUCGCACAUAGCCUCGAUUCGAUAUCUGGCUUGUAACAUCCGUCAACCUUGCUGAGUUGGAGAUCCGAUUACAAGAAGAGAAGAGGCUUGAUUCGAAUUCGUAUUGACAAGUGCGAAUCCCGACAUUUUUAGCGUCAUUUGAAUGCAUCGGAAGUUGGAGCGCAGCACAACAUGCGCCUAGCAGGUUCCAAAAGUGCAGCAGGGGACUAAUCGUGUUUUUGAUCCAUGGCACAGCCAACGUCCCCAGUGGCAUUGUGCACCCAUGAUUGGCAUCAUCGACGUGACUUGACCGAGUCCUCGCUCGACGCAAGACAGACGGCAGCACAGCCGCAGCCGAACCGGGCACUGGGACUUGUGGGAUCUCUGUGCAUCAUCAUCAUUUACAUCCAGGAGUAAUCAAUGGAUGCUUCUGCACGUUUCACCUUUGGACGACACUGCGCGAUGGGCCGAUCCAAACCCUUUUAUCCGCCGGCCCUGCUGCCACGCUGACUAAUAGAGGCUUUGGAGCGAUCAGUGGAGGAAUAAAGCUGUUUCUUCUUCAAGAUGCAAAAGAACUUUUUUUUUUUUUUCUUCCAAAUAUGCAUCCGUGUGUCGGAUACCAACGGUGACUUACGCAGUGUCAACUCUUGAGGCCUUUUUGCAAUUGCUCGCACUUUGAGGGCAGAGGAACUAAUAAAGUUCCUUUUUGAAAAGUGUAGAGGUUUCCUCCGACCGCUAGAGGGCAUCGGACUAUCAGCUCGUGUUGGUUGCUUCUGUUGGCGUCACGCUUUCCGCCGGUGUUGCUGCUUUCCUCUCUCUUCGCGUCCUGUCUGGAGCUUCACGCGCAGCCAACUUUCUUCCCUUGCGAAUGACCGAGGCUUCUUCUACGCAAUGGAGCGCAACACUGCCGCUGGCUGGCUGGCUGGCUGACUGACUGGCUGGGUGACUGACUGGCUGGACACGAUGAACGCAGAUGUUACCAUGACAACCCAGGCAACGUCACCAAGGGAUGCCAUGCAGUGUGCUCAGAAAGAAGGCGUCGACGCGACGUCUCCAAUCCGGGGAGGGAGGAAGGGAAGGGAAGGGCCGAGACAGUGAAGCGGCCGCUGGCUGGAAUUUGCAAUUAAUCAGCAGCCAAUGGAUCUAUCCAUAAGCACUCGAUUUUCGUUGGAAACACCGGAGGAAAAAACCAGUCCACGGAAAAUGGAUCUAUUCAUGAACUAUCGCAGAAUGGACAAUAGAUGUUUAUUGGGGCAAUUUUCAGAAAUGGGGUUUUGCUAAAUUGUUGCAUUAUAUUGUUUGCACCCUGCUGUGGUCGCAACGCAUUCAGAGAAGGAGGUGAAGCUGGAGACCGCACAAUAAAAUGGAAUAUUUUGACGUUGUCAGAACCCCAAGAUGAAGUGAGUUACUGGAGCUGCACACUGUGGAUCAAUCCAGCCUCAUUCAAUGACCUCUUCAUCUUUCGAGGUCCACGGGGAGCCCACGUGACAUAGAAGAUCGGAUUAAAUUAGUGGAGCACACAAGACAUUAUGUCAACAGUCCUCUUCGACUCUUUUUAUGUGAUAUCGCAAAACAGAAAUGAACAUUGGCAGAGUAAGGCAAGAAGCCAUGCAGAUGUCACGUCAGGAUUCCGGACUUCACCACUGGACAGUGGAAGACUGCCCGCCUGCCUGCCCGCCUGCCUGCCCGUCUGCCUGCCUGCCAUCCAUAUCCAUCCAUCCAUCCAAAGUAGCAAAGUAUGAAGAGGACCGCAAUUUAGCUAUGGCCAUUAGUGGUGACCUUUGAAGGGACAAACUGAGUUUUUGAGCCUCAUCAAUGGAACCGCCUCCGUGGGCAAGCAGUGGUAGCAGGAGCACUGCCCCCGCCGCCGCCACCACCACUGAUAUGGUCGUUUUCAGCACCACAAGCACCCGCGUAUCAAGGCUUGUUUACGCAGUGAGCAGUUACCUGGUGACUACCGCCUCAGAGGAGGCCACCCUACGGAGCAGCCAAAAUGUCCAAGGAAACCACGAGGCAGCAUCAGUAGCCAACGCGCACACAGCAGUCCUGAUGGGCAUUUUGGUGGCAGCUCAGGCCCUGGUUCUCCUCUUCAUCUUCCUCCUCUCCAGUCUGGGCAACUUUGCGGUCCUGAUUGUCAUCGUCAAGCACCGGCAGCUGCGGACGGUAACCAACGCCUUCAUCAUGUCUCUGUCGCUGUCCGACUUCCUGGCGGCCGUCCUCUGCCUGCCCUUCUCCUUUGUCACGCUCUUCAGUAAGGACGGCGGCGUCUGGAUGUUUGGAGAAGGUUUCUGCGUGGCCAAUGGCUUUUUCAACACCUGCUUUGGAAUCAUCUCCACCCUGACUAUGACUUUGAUUUCCUUUGACCGCUACUGCGCCAUCGUCAGACAGCCGCGUGCUAAGAUGGGGCGGCGGAUAGCCGCAAAGUUGUUGAUUGGCGUGUGGCUGACGGCCAUCGUUUUCUCUCUUCCGUGGUACGUCUUUGCGCCAAAGUCAAGGCGAGUCCACCGGGAAGGUUUUUCCCACUGUAUGUACGUUUUCCAUUCGGGGACCUCGCGUCUGGGCACGGCCUAUAGCCUUUCUCUCAUCACCGUGUGCUUUUUACUGCCCUUUGCCCUCAUGUGUUUCUGCCAUUACAAGAUCUGCAAGACGGUUCGUCUCUCUGAAAUCCGCGUGCGACCGGUGACCACCUAUUCGUACUUGCUCCGAUUCUAUAGCGAGAUGCGCACCGCCACCACCGUUCUCAUUAUGAUUGUUUUGAUCAUUUUCUGCUGGGGUCCGUAUUGUCUGAUGGGCUUGAUCAGCGCAUUAGGGGACUACACAUUCAACCCGGUGAUGGACACGCUCGCCAUCUGGCUGGCCUGGACAAACGGAGCCGUCAACCCGCUGAUCUAUGCCUUGAGAAACCCCAAUAUAGCCAUGUUGCUGGGACGGGGUCGAGAAGACGGCUAUCGGAGCCGAUACAUAGCCGCGUACUUGUCUAGCCGCAUCCGGAAGCGAGAGAUUGGACUCAAUCGAGUGGAAAGGUUAAGGGAUCACCGCUAUGUAACUCGGGUGGGAGUUCAUAAUAAGAACAGGAGCUGCAGCAGCAGCAGCAGCAGACUCUCGAGUUCAAGUCCAGGAAAAGAACCCAGGGGGGAGAGUACAAUGUGGGCCUGUAAGAACCGUGCCGUGUUUUUCUGCAAGGAUACCAAGUCAGAAAGCACAACACUCCCCAACUUUGUCAGUGUCCCAAUUAUGACCACAGCUGACACAAGCCUAUGAACUUCCGAAAAGUGGUGGGGGCAUUUGAUUGACGCAUGUUGGAUUGUUUUGCAAAGAAAGCUUUUGCAUUUGAAUUGAGACGGGUGUUCUUUGCCAUGGACCGACUUUCGCUUUCGUGUUCCGGAUUUUGUGUCAACGAGCGAUGAAGUCCGCAGCUCUUCACAGAGACGGUGAGGAGCCGUCUGCUAGCUGCAUGGAUGUCGGUGGCAGGCAGCUGGAAAGGAGCGGUCGGAGGUGCUAGAGCAGCCGGAGGCGCCGUGGUGGCCGGCGGAUGACGAGAGCUCUGCUGGCGAGGAUCUCCGGCACUGGGACAGCCAGGUACAAAGUAACUCUGGCGUACUACUUGCUAUAAGCCAGUAGAAAGAAAUACUUUUCUGCCUGCCAGCAAACUUUUCUCCUUCCACUUGGAGCUAACGGUUAAGGCCCCAGAAUGUUUUGUCAAUAAAACUGUCGUUUUCAGAA